CUGACCCAUAAUACUCCAAGUCCUCUGUACCCCGUGUUCCCUGCAGGCGCCCCCCGUUCUGUGAUUACUUGCUGAUUCUGGCAGCCGGCGUCUUCUGAGAGCCAUGGGUGGAGGAAUGAGCCAGAUCCUGGACGGGUUAUAUCUGGGGAACAUACGGGAUGCCGAGGACAAGGCGUCUCUGAGCAGACACGGGGUCACACACAUCGUGUCUGUCCACAACAACGCCAAGCCCCUCCUGCCGGACAUGACCUAUCUGUGUAUAGCGGCCUCGGACUCCGAGCGGCAGAACCUGAUCCAGCAUUUUAAGAAGAGCAUCCAGUUUAUCCAUGAAUGUCGUUUACAUGGCGGUGGCUGCCUCAUACACUGUUUGGCAGGGGUGUCUCGCAGCACCACCAUCUUGGUUGCCUAUCUCAUGACGGUGACAACGUUUGGCUGGGAGGAAUGUCUGUCGGCUGUGAGAGCCGCGAGGUCUUAUGUGGGGCCGAACCUCGGGUUUCAGCAGCAGCUGCAGGAAUAUGAAAUGACCCUAGUGAAAGAGUACAGAAUGUGGCUGCUGCAGGAAUAUGGGAGAAGCCCCUUCAAAGAUCAGGAAAAAGUCCUCAAGUUACUGUCUGAACAAGAGCAGAAAGAGCAACUGAGGCAAACCCAAACCCGCUGGAUCAAUCGGCCCCAGACGGACUACUCGCUGCCUUACAAAGCCUACGGCGACAGGUGGAGCGACGUAUAGGGGACAAGAGGACCAUGGACGGCGUGUAGUGGAAGCUACAAAGAACGACACCAUAGUACAAGAAAAUGUCCUCCAACCGUAUAAUGCAUGCCGUGUUUCAAUCUCUCAUGAUCUCUGCUUACUGUCAGUGAACAGGAUCAUUCUUAUUUAUAUUCAGAGAUGGAAGUCCUGACCUAAUGCUUAUCAUGCUGAGGGUUUGUUACAUUGUAUCAGUGUAGCUA